UAUUCCAGAUUUUCCACUAUUUUCCAUUAUCAACAUUCCAUAUAAACUCAGAAGACCCCUGGUUCCCAUCACCAGCACUGUAAAGAAAUCUGAGUCUCUUCAACCAACUAUUUCACGCCAAACCCACUAUGAAUGCCUGUUCACCGCUCCGUCUCUGAAUUAUACAUACAUUUUGGAAGAUGCUGGACAGAAUUCUCCUUUACCAAACAAAUCCUCAUAAACACAUCUAUGCAGAAAUUUAUUAAAACCAUUCAAUAAUGUUUAAAAAUUAAAAUGCUCACCAAGCAGCUUAGCUAAAUUAAAAAAGUAAAUAAAAUAGCAUCACAAUGUUCUACAGCUUAUGUAUAAUGUUGAUAAAGAUAGAGGGAAAUCAGAAAAAACACAGUACUAAUUUGCCUUAUAUCACCCCGUUUCUACCGCUCUACCAUGAAUGGAUUAGAAAAAUGUUUUAGACUGAAACUUUGAAUAAAUAAACGCUUGUAAAAGGUACGCGGAACCGUGUUUAAAAAGUGUAGACUCGUCUAGUCAUAUUACAUGAUUUGCUAAACAGGACUUUUAUCCUAUUUAAUUUUAUUUUAUCGAUGCCAAACAAAGCAUCGCACGCACAUGAAAGUUUUAAUAAAUACACGCUUAUAAAACGUACGCAGGAAGGUGUUUAGAAAGUUUAGAGUCAUCUAGUCAUAUUACAUAAUUUGCGAAACGGGACUUUUAUUUUAUGUUAUUUCAUUGAUGCAAAACAGCACAUUAAACCAACACGACAAACCGAAAAUUAAAUGAAUAAAUAAAUAACCUAAAGCUGGAUUAUAUCCAGGAGUAUCCAAAAACGAAAGAAAAAAUGAUAAUAAAGCGAAGAGACGAAAAGUGGCGCCUUUCUUCUUGCCUUUUAAAUCGUCUGUGCGCGGCAUUCUCUCCACACACGUAGAAACGUGACGUUUCGCGACGCGCUGACGUCACGGCGGGUACCUGGGCGAGCCCUUUUUAUUGGUUGUAAAGCGUUUAAAGGUACCGCGCUGCGCUCUGAUUGGCCAGCAGCUUUUGGACGCGAAAUUCAAACGUUUCGGUAAAGUGGCGCUUUUACUUCCCCCCGCCUCAGUUCAGCGGAGCUGGGUUUACCGCGUAGACUUGCUAUGUGGAGCUAACGUGUUCAUUCCAGGCCAUAAGAACCACAUCGAGCCAUAAAUAUCCCGCGAUUUAUUCUCGAGUUUUGGCCUUCUGCUGGGACCUCAUAGUCGAUCAACAUGAAGUGUUUUGCCCUGACUAGAGGUUCAGCAGGCUCUCUCCAUACAGAAAAGGAUAAGGUGCAGUCCCCAGUGGAGUUGAAGGGCCAAACAGCACCUACAAGUGCCACUGGCUCAGGGCAGGUCACGCUUGCUGUCUCCUGUCCCACAGAGGAGCAUCUGAAAGGCCCUCACAAUAAAGAGAACUGCAGAGAAAAGCGCUGUUCUGCUGACUUUCCCUCUGAUGAUGUGGUCAAUCUGACCAGUUCAAGUCUGGCAGAGGACAGCGGCUACCUGUCGCUCCACAACAGCCAGAUAGAACAUGUGGACUCGGACACGAACGUUGCAGAAAGCUCAGAGAGGUGCGCAGAGCAGAGACUCUCCACGGCGUCAUCAGACUCGAGUUCUUCUUGCUUGCCUGUACUUAAGUUCCAGGAGGAGGUGUGCAAAGCGCUGGCGAACGGCUACAAAAAAAGUCAGAGCUACGACUGGACUGUCAUUAACAGGAUAGCUGAACUCCACGGCCUCCAAAAUGUCAUCGGAGGAAAGAUGGGGCUGGAGCAUGUGGACAUUCUCUGUGGUCUGCUGAAGAAGGACAUGAAGCACAUCCUUACCAGGAUUCUGGGCCUGCUGGGGGAAAGUGACUUGAUAAGCUGUAAGAGGGUGAGCAAGACGUGGCGGAAAAUCAUUUGCCAAGACGACAGAGCUCUUCAGAGAUGCAGGAACGCAGAGAAGGUGCUGAGGGACUCAGGAAGAUCCACAGGGUCUCUGUCCAGGGACUUUUGUCUUAGCAGGGUGGUGCUUUCUUGCCUCCAGACGAGAGUAACGUCCUCCACCCCUGUCCACAAACCCAAGAAGACCCUGACCAUUGUAGGCAUGCCUAACACGAGCCGCUUUGCGGGGUUUCAUGAGGCUACGAAAUCACUGAAAAGCCACGAGAGUCUGAGGAGUUGUCGGCUCUGCAGUUCUCCAGCGCGGUUCGACUCUGCCAUGCAAAGGGCCGUUUGCAUGCGCAUUAGCUGUGCCUUCGAGUUCUGCUCACAGUGCCAGUCAGCCUACCACGGCUCCGCUCCCUGCCAGCGUGGCAUGAUCCGGGCAUCGCCACGCUCCCAGACUGUUCCUGUCGCAGGUUCUGCACGCAGUAAACGCAGCAUUCGGCGGCUCUGAGCUCUGCCAGUUGCACCACUUGCACCUUUUUUUUUUUUUUUUUUUUUUU